AUGCCAUUCCCCAAGCCCUUUGGCUCUAUGGACGGCGCCACCCAUCUUACGCAGUUUGCUAUCGCUCAAACGGAGAAGUUAGCUGCAGCAAUCGAAAGCUAUGAGUACAAGAAAAUUCCAGUACCUGAGCACCUGACUGCAGGUAUCAACCAGUUGUCCACGCACCUGCAGACCUUUCAACCAGGUUAUGACAUCCCGCUCGUCUUUAACACCGGUGACGACCCAAAAGAGAUAAUGCACAACAACCUUGAACUUGCUUGGUACCUCUCCGCCAACGUUUAUUUCCACAAUCGAUUGCUCAACAUCUUUGACAAUGAUCUUCGCCCUACUGUGGAAGACAUCCUGGAAUGUCUGCGCCGUGCUGAAGAGAUCAAGAUGAAGUUGCAACCCGACUUGCUUUGCAGAGAUCUUCCCGUCACCUUCCCGGCUUUUGUGGCCUCCUGCAAUGCCAUUGACCGCCGGCCUUGGAAGUAUUUCUGGCGCUCAUUGCAACAAUACGACUGUCCCAACAUCAGCGCGCAGUGGGGUGUUGUCAAGGAGAUUUGGGAGUUUCUGGAUGACUUCAGAGCGGUUGGGGCGAAGAAUUUGUCCUGGGUGGAUCUCAUGCAAGUGUCCGAAACAAUGCCAUUCCGUUUGUCAGAUCUCCAUGAGUCGGUUGGGGUUUAA